CGAACUCCUGCCUGGUGAGGCCCUGCAACGUGGGGUCCGACUGCACGACUGUCCUGGUAGCACCGGCUGUCGCAGGAGUGGGCCCAGAGCAGCACUGGGUCUGUGCCUGUCGUGUUUUCAUCUGCCGGAUCUCCGUUUUGAACGUGACUGCCCAGCUGGAAGAGGUUGGUGUUCGAGGAAGAGACAUCGUUGUCCUGGGGGUGGAGAAGAAGUCCGUGGCCAAACUGCAGGAUGAGCGAACCGUGCGGAAGAUCUGUGCUCUGGACGACAACGUCUGCAUGGCCUUUGCAGGCCUUACAGCCGACGCCAGGAUUGUCAUCAACCGGGCGCGGGUCGAGUGCCAGAGCCACCGGCUGACGGUGGAAGACCCAGUCACUGUGGAGUACAUCACACGCUAUGUGGCCAGCCUCAAGCAGCGGUACACGCAGAGCAACGGGCGUAGGCCAUUCGGCAUCUCUGCCCUGAUUGUGGGCUUCGACUUCGACGGCACCCCCAGGCUAUAUCAGACUGACCCCUCGGGGACAUACCACGCCUGGAAGGCCAACGCCAUAGGCCGGGGCGCCAAGUCAGUGCGUGAAUUCCUGGAGAAAAACUACACCGAGGACGCCAUGGACUCCGCUGACCUGACCAUUAAGCUGGUGAUCAAGGCUCUCCUAGAAGUGGUGCAGUCAGGAGGCAAAAACAUCGAGCUGGCCGUGAUGAGACGAGACCAGCCUCUCAAGAUUUUAAAUCCGGAAGAAAUUGAGAAAUAUGUUGCUGAAAUCGAAAAAGAAAAAGAAGAAAACGAAAAGAAGAAGCAAAAGAAAGCGUCGUGAUGGCCAGGCCCUCUCACUCGCAGCAGUGUCGAAACCGCGAGUCAUGACCUCCAAGGGGUGUGCGGCGUCUCCAUUCCACUGUCCGUAUUGUCAAGUGUCCCACAAUAAACUCCUGUAUUUUUUAACCUUUUUAAAGGGAACGUG